GCGGUACUGAACAGCCAGUGGUGCUCUCGCUGCGUUCAGUCAGUCCGCCGUAGCUUUGCCGAGUGGAGGGAUGUGACCCCGGAACAGGACGCCCUCCUACAACAACACACCAUUCAAACAGAGCACUGAAGAAAGAAAAGCUGGAACAGGAGGGAGCCACAGGAGCAGGGGGGAUGAACCGCGAGGAGGCCCCGGGGAAGUCUCCGGAAGACAUGUACAUCCAACAGAAAGUGCGGGUCCUGCUCAUGCUAAAGAAAAUGGGAUCAAAUCUUACACCGAGUGAAGAGGCUUUUCUCCGGAAUUAUGCAGGUGUGGUCCACACUCAGAUGAGCCAGCUACCACAGCACAACAUAGACCAGGGUGCAGAGGACGUGGUGAUGGCGUUCUCACGGUCAGAGACGGAGGAUCGGCGACAGUGACCCUGGGCCCCCCCCACCCCACCCCGAAUUCCGCCCCACUGCACCCUGCCCCCCCACCCGUCUCGCCCCGCACGUGAUCCACAACAACCCAAACUCCACAAACACAACACUGAGCUCAGGAGGGGAGGGGAACCUGGAAGGGACAGAAGAGGAGGGGAAGAGACGCCAGGAGGUGGCUGCCUCGCUCUCCCACCAGCCUUUUCCAUCCCCGACACCUCCUCGUACAAGCUGGCACGCCAUUACCUGAGAUGCACUCAGGUGCUUCACUGUGGGUUGAAGUCUUGGCAACAAGGCAGUCAGUGAAAACACUCACAGAUUGUAUGUGGAUGAAUAUCAAAUGUAGUUUCUUUUGGGGGUUUUUGGUGAGUGGUUCGGUUUUGUUUUGUAUUAUUUCGUCUGUGUUGAGACUUUAGGCAGUGUUACGUGUUACAUCGACUGCAGUCACUGGAGGAAUUAGCCAGUCAGCAGCUGAUCGAAGCAAAGAGAAAUAUAGUUUUGGUCAAGCAGCAAGUGUGAUGAUUGAUUGUGUUAGGGGACAGAUUUUAAUUAUUUCUGCUUACCCUAAUGGGGCUGAAAUUGUUUUUGAUUUAGCUGUUGUGUUAAGGUAAAGGCUUGUGUAAAGGCUUUCAUAUUCUGUAGCAUAAGGGGCCUCAUUCAUUAUCCCCAUGCAGAUAUGAAGUUUCUGGAGAGCGUCAACACAUUUACUGGAACCUGCAUGCUGAAGGCCAAGUAGUAAAAUAAAAUCUAAUGGAUUAUUAAAUCUUUUCAGGCAAUUAAUUUCACUUUAUAUCAAAUUCUGGCCUGUUUAUAUAUCACCUUCUUGCGGCAGGAAGUCAGUUGUAGAACCCAGACGCAUUUAAAUGCAUUGAAGUCAGCUCAAACUUUUGGCUCUUUUUCUUUAACAAAAUGUUCACAGCUGCUGUGAGUUGCUGAUAGUCUCUCAUAAAACCAGAAAUAUGAACAAAAACAAAACAGGUGCAGAUCAGUCUGACCCUUUGCUAUCAUGUACAAAUACUAGAACGACACCCUGAUUGAUGUGUGUACUAACCCUCACCACAGGCCUGUCUUUAAUCCCUCAUGUUUAAUUAUGGGAGUUAACAGAGCGGUGAUCCAUUUGACUGAGGAAUGGAAAACUCCUUUAGGUGAGGGUAUCUCUGAGUGAACACAGUUUCCUUCUCGCGUUGAACUCCACGCACCAUUUUAUGAAUGAGGCCCCGCUUGUUCUUCUGCUGCUUUAUUUUGAACCCAUAGGCUGUUGAGAGUGCAACAACGCUCUUCUUGUGAGGAAAGCGUAAGAAUUAAAGACACUAGCAGACAUAAUCACAUGAAACACAGGUGUACACUUUUUCCCCAAACAAAUACUGGCUUUGGGUUAUUGUGACAUGUAAAACCUUUUUUUUUUUAUUGUACAGAUAGUUGGAAAAACACAAUAAUGACUUGAUUGUGCCAAUUGUAUUUUUUGUUGUUUUUUUAUCUGUGAGAUAAAAUUAACAUGAUUAAGAAAAUUGAUAAGAGACGGGCUGUAGUUGUUAUUUAUUGUUUACUGAAUUGACUCCCUGUUCCUCCAACACGUCAUUAAAGAUGGAGAACCAGUAGAUAGUGAAAGGCUACCUUGAGUCACUCUUUAAUGCCAUCAGCAGUGGCUCUUUAUUCACACUAAAAUCACACAAACUCUAAUUUUUAACAACCUGUAACUCAACACGUGAAGCCAAACAUAAGAGCUGUGUGCUAUUUCUGACUUUACUGUAUCUCUUGCACUAUUAUCAAUGGGAUAUUUGCAAAAAAUACAUUUUGAUAUUUAGCACAGGGGAUUCUAUGUUUGGAUCAAUAUAUAACUUUGUAACCAUGUUUUUAUUCCUUCAAUGAUUUUAAAAAGAAAGUCUUCUGUUUGUUAAUUGACUCAACUGGAAUAGCUCAAUUGAAUAUUUGUUAACAACCAACAUGUUUUUCUAGUGACAUGCUCAAUAUUUAAUGUGAUUUAAGUACAGUUUGUUAUCUUGUAUAACUUAAAAUAAUUGUAACGUAAUGUUUUAAAGCCAAGCAUGUCUGCCUUGUGGUUUAUAAUGUUCAUUCAAGUGGAGCCGAGGAUCUUUGAAGCCUUGCCACAAUGACCAUUGUUUGUACAUUCUUGACGUUUGUGGAAGCUACUAGCUCUUUAAAAAAAAAGGUUUCAGAAAAAAAAAAAUCAUUUUUGUAUGGGUAAAGUGUUAUCCAUUAUAUGUUGUUGGCAAUAACGUCUAUUUGAAUGUCUUCAGCAAUCAUCGCAAUGUAAUCAGCCAACAGAUCUGUCACGCUGUCUGCCUAUGACAAAGAAAUUUGUCUUUUUAUGUUUACUUUUAUUUUAAAACCUCUUUAUUUGUCUAUGCAUUGUUUUUUCCCCCUCUCUAAGGCGUCUUACUGUACAUUUUACCUAUCAGGGUUGUUCUACAGCUGUGUGUGUGUGUGUGUGUGUGUGUGUGUGUGUGUGUGUGAUCAUCAUUGAACUUGCUACCGGUUUUGAUUUAUAGCAUGCUGUUGAGUUUGACUAGGAUCAAUGUAUCUUUUUACUGUGAUGACCUGACAUUGCCUAAUUGUCCUUUUUUUUUCUUCUUUGUUUUUGUGUUGACUUUGUAUUUUAUUUUCCUCUCAGUCGACAUUGAUUAGUUGGUUUUGUUUUGUAUGGCUGCUGACCAUGUCUUGACUUAAUGCUUCCAAAUCCUAUACCAACUGAACCAUUAAAGAUAUUUUAAACAGUGA